AAAAUUUUGGUAUAAAUAGAGCAUUUAUUUUGGUUUUUGUAUUAUAGUUCAACCAGAAAGUAGAACAAUAACAAUCAUCUCAAAAUGUUCAAAGCUAUUGUAUUCGCUGCCUUUUUGGCUUUGGCUGUUGCCGUCCCCGAACCCAAACCAAAACCAGGACUUGUAGCUGCUGCAUAUUCCGCACCAUUCGUUGGAGCUCCUUUGGCUUAUUCUAGUUAUUCUUCCCCUUAUUCAGCACCAGUUGUUUCUGCAUACACUCCACCAGUUGUAUCAACUUAUCAUGGGGUAGCACCAGCUGUAGCCGCCGCUUAUCACGGCCCAGUCGUUGUUGGUUAAAAUUCUUUCUUCGAUGAUGUCUACCCUUCUUCUUUUUCUUUAGUUUCAUUUAGUUUCGUAGGAAAUUGUAAAUGAUUUGUAAAUAAUUUCUGAAAAUCCGUGUAAAAUUAUGAUUUUGAAAUAAAACCCUUUCCUUCAUUC